CCGAUCACGACGGAUGGGUGGAGGUUAGAACCAACCACAGCGUCAGGCGUCAUGGCGCAGAGAUAUAAACGACGUCGUUUCGCCAAGGACCUAUCCUUAGAUCUCGAAAUCGACGCCGGGAGGACGGAGUUUUCUUACGUUAGUGACAAUGAGUCCGGUUGGAGAAACUGUGUACAUCCCGAAGGCGCUUUGUAUUUUGUUCGCACAAACCCACGAAACGAGGUGGGUCCAGCCCAUCGUACAAUCCUCACGAACGCAGACGUGAGGGGCCAAGAACGAGGUGUCUGUAAACAUCUAGACGACGCCAUUGAUGUCAUUCUCGCUCAGGCUAUUGAAAGCGAACUCAAGGCUGACGUCGAGCUGGUAUUAUGCCCUAAUAUCAAGCACAAGAUCAUCGGCUACUACUUCGUGGACGUCCAGGCUCGCUGUAUGAUAUGGGCGAACACCCUCAAGUUAUCAGAGACACGCAUCACUGAGAACGUCAAGGGCGUUCGGAGCAUGGAACACAUCAGAUAUGCGAUGGAGGCACAGUACUGGGCCCAUGUCGAGACGUUCCCACUCGCUAGAAGGUUGGAGGAAAAGGUGUAUCGCGAGCUCAGCCAUGCUGUUCUUCAUGCCAGUGCCGAGCGACUAACGAGCAAAACGUCGCUAUCCCCUUUUGAUGCGGAUGAACUGGACAAGAUUCGUGAUAUCUUGGACUCUCUGCAAGAUCAACUGGGAAAACAAAGCCCAUACGCAGUAUGCAUACUUGCUCGACUGUCACACUCAUUUGCUGUCUCCCGGUUACACAACUUCUGCGGACAGCCCGAAGCUCGCCUCGACGCUGACAAAUCUGUGUGGCCCGACGACACGCUGAACAUGCACUGGACCUUCAUCAGCCUUUCGAUCUUCAUGUUUGGUACCCCAUAUUCACAGCUUGAGCGGCUGAACACCGUCUGGGUAGAUCGUACGAUAAACUCCGCAAGAUGGAAGGAAUACAUCUCGACUGUGUACGACGAGUUCAUGGGAUUGACACUUUACUCAACGGUUAUGCUUGCCGUUGAUGUGUCUUUCCUGGCCGUCCCCAACGUUGAGCUCGCCAGUUUGGGAAAGGAAGAUGCAUCGACGGUCGCCACGUACGUCUCGAUAAUCGCGGUUGUCGGAUCCAUGACGCUUUCGCUUCUUCUAUCUGCGGAUGCACGACGGCGAAAAUCAGAGUCAGCCUCUAAAGCUGUUGGCCUGCUCGACACCGUAAGUAUGCUUUUCGGGCUCGAGCUGUUAGCCAUUAUGUACAGUAUGCCGUUCGCGCUUCUCAUGUGGGGAAUGCUAAGCUUCCUCAUUGGCUUCUGCUGUCGCGUCUUUCCACAAGCUGCGAUAUACACGAAAUGUCUGUGCGCCGUUGCGUUGCUUAUUCUUGCAAUGACCGUGGGCCUGCCGCUAUUUACGUGGUGGUGCGUGAAGCAGCUGGAAUCCAUUAAUGACCAGGCUCUCGAGUAGUUCUCUGGUUAUUCAUUAUUAUUCAUUAUUACAAUAAUGAAAAGCGC